GAGACCGUGGGCUCACACUUUUCUUCUCCCGUGAGGAGUGAAUGCUCCCAGUUUUGAGGAGAGAGGGGGGCCGCUUCCGGCGUUCCCAGGCAGGCCGGGGGAGUGGGCACAGCAAAACGGCUGGUAGUCUCUGCCCCUUCCGGGCUACAGAAAAGCCAAAUCAAAGUAAGGGGGCCCUGAGGGUGGGAGUGGAGCGGAGCCGCCUGGCCCCGAGGGUUGGGGUGGGACGGCGGCUGGCGAGGGGCGCUGCAAGGGCCGGCCCCUCCGCGCUUUCCUGGGGGUCCGGCCGGCUGCCGUCGGGCCUGGGGUGGGAUGCAGCUCCGUCCUCCGGCCCCCAGGGGGCGGCGCGGCGCUGCGUCCUCUGCCGCCCUGCGUUCCCUCCCUGCGGCCAGGAGGCGGCGCCCGUGGACGCCGGGCGGCGCGCUGUACCCGCCGUCGACGGCGGUGCGGUCUGAACUGCCGCUGCGUCUGUGCUCCCUCUGGGCACCAAGACCAGCCCCUCCUCUGGUCUAGUGCCUUCUGCCUGUCUCACCCACGGAGCUGUAGCCCGACCAUCACCAACCCAUUCCCUGGAUGAGCAGAAGCCUCACACUGAGGGCCCAACCCCCUCUUACUUGGUCUGAGCAGGCCCACUCUUAAGGAGGGGGUGAUGGAAGGGCUGCCGGAGAUUGGGGAUGAGUCCUCGGACUCCCAGGGUCACGCCACUGACUGGAGGUUUGCAGUGUGCAGCUUCCGGGAUGCCUGGGAUGAAGGGGAACCUGUUCCCCCCAUGCAGGUUAAGGACCCCAAUCCUCUGAGACCAACAGCAGGGACAGCUGAGGGAGAAGGGCUACAGGGCAGCCCCCUGCCUGGGAAGCCUCAGUCACCCCCAGGACAGAUGGCUGUAGAUGGGUCAGGGGAUGGCCAGGGUUCCACAUUAGGGGGUUCCUCACUCCAGUUAGAGGGACCAAAGCCCUCUGGAGUGGAGAGCCUCCUGUGCCCAAUGUCCUCCCACCUCAGCCUCGCACAGGGUGAGAGUGAUAGCCAAGGGGGAAGCUUGGCAAGGGACCAAGCUCCAAGCAGAUUAAUGCCAGCCUGCCUGGGUACUGAGGGCUUAGACAGUGAUCCUGUGGACCCUGGAGGCCCAUUAUCUCAGAUGUCAUCAGAGCUACUGGAGGCAGACCUCAGUGGAUCUAGCCUCCCUAAGCCUGCUGAUUAUCUCCUGGCUCAAGACCUGGCCUGGGAGCUGUUGGCCAGUGGCAUGGCUACUCUGCCAGGGACUCGGGAUGUAGAAGGCCGGGCAGUGCUGCUUCUCUGUGCCCAUAGCCCUGCCUGGCUUCACCCCAAGUGCAGUAACCAUGAACUCCUCCGUCUCCUGCUCUACCUGCGCAGCAUCCCCAGGACCGAAGUACAGGCCAUGGGUCUCACCGUGCUGGUGGACGCCCAAGUUUGUUCCCCAAGCUCUUCUCUCUUCUGGGGGCUCAGCCAACUGCAGGAGGUAGCCCCAGGGUCAGUGUACCAGGUGCUGCUACUGGGAAAGAUGCCAGAGGAUGUGCCUUCCAGGCUGCAGCUGCAGCAGCUGCCUUCUCAUCAGAGCCUCCUGAACCAUGUCUCCACCUCCGGGUUGCCAGUGUCAAUGGGAGGAGGCCUGCCUUACUGCCACCAGGCCUGGCUGGACUUCCGGAUGCGUCUGGAAGCCCUACUGCAGAGCUGCCAGGUGGUUUGUGCCCUGCUCCAGGGGGCCAUCGAGAGCAUGAAGGCUGUACCCCGGCCCAUGGAGCCUGGGGAAGUUGGUCGGCUGUUACGGCAGGCACGGGUCCUGAUGCAGCACGUGCUAGACUCACCACGGCUAGCGUGGCUACAAGGCCAGGGGAGUUUGGAGCUGGCAUGGCUGAAACAAGAAGUCCCAGAGGUGACCCUGAGCCCAGACUACAGACCAGCAGUGGAUGAGGUUGAUGAACUCUAUGGCCGUGUAGAUGGACUGCUGCACCAACUGACCCUCCAGAGUAACCGGCGCGUACAGGCACUAGAGUUGGUCCAGACUCUGGAGGCCCAACAGGGUGGACUGCACCAGAUUGAAGUGUGGCUGCAGCAGGUGGGCUGGCCAGCACUUGAGGAGCUAAGGGAGCCCUCCCUGGACAUGCUGCUCCAGGCCCAAGGUCCUUUUCAGGACUUGGACCAGGUUGCCCAGGAGCAGGUCAGGCGAGGGGAGAAGUUUCUACAGCCACUGGCUGGCUGGGAGGCUGCUGAGCUGGGCCCCGUUGGGGCCCGCUUUCUGGCCCUGCAAGCCCAGCUGACUGACUUCUCCAGGGCUUUGGCCCGGCAGCGGCAGCAGCUGGCAGAUGCUGAGAAGCUCUCCCAUUUUUUCAAGCAGGCCUCGACCUGGGCUGAGGCAGGGCAGCAGGUGUUGGCAGAGCUGGAGCAGGAGCAUCCUGGGGUCGUGCUGCAACGGCUGCAGUUGCAUUGGACCAAGCACCCUGACUUGCCUCCUGCCCACUUCCGAAAAAUGUGGGCUCUGGCCACAGGGUUGGGCUCUGAGAGCAUCCGCCAGGAGUGCCGCUGGGCCUGGGCACGAUGCCAGGACACCUGGCUGGCCCUGGACCAGAAGCUAGAGGCUGCACUGAAGCCACCACUGACCACGACCAUGACCAUGACGGGUAGCACAGCCAGCCUGUGUGUCAGACGCAUCCCACCUGCAUCUGCUACCCCUCCCUUGAGGAAGGCACAUAGCCUUGAUCAGAAUUUGGGGCAGAGUCUCAGAGAGCCUGCCCACCACUGCCACCAUGUGGCCACUGCGGCUACCUGCCACAGACCGGAGGCUGGAGGGGGUGCCCGGCCAGGGUCAUCCCCUCCCAUGCCUCUACCAAGCAGCUCUGACCCCAGGAGCCCCAGCAGGCUCCAGCUGGUGCUGGCGGAGAUGGUGUCUACAGAGCGGGAAUAUGUCCGUGCUCUUGACUACACCAUGGAGAACUACUUCCCAGAGCUGGAGCGCCCCGAUGUGCCCCAGGGCCUCCGUGGCCAGCGCGCCCACCUCUUUGGCAACCUGGAGAAGCUGCGGGACUUCCACUUUCAUUUCUUCCUACGUGAGCUGGAGGCCUGUACCCAGCACCCAUCCCGAGUAGCCUAUGCCUUCCUGCGCCACAGGGUGCAGUUUGGGAUGUACGCGCUCUACAGCAAGAAUAAACCUCGCUCCGAUGCCCUGAUGACCAGCUUUGGUCAUACCUUCUUCAAGGACAAGCAGCAAAUGCUGGGGGACCACCUGGACCUGGCCUCCUACCUGCUGAAGCCCAUUCAGCGCAUGAGCAAGUAUGCGCUGCUGCUACAGGAGCUGGCACGGGCCUGCGGGGGUGCCGUGCAGGAGCUGAGUGCCCUACAGGCCGCCCAGAGCCUCGUGCGCUUCCAGCUGCGACACGGCAAUGACCUGCUGGCCAUGGAUGCCAUUCAGGGCUGUGAUGUUAACCUCAAGGAACAGGGGCAGCUGGUGCGGCAGGAUGAGUUCCUGGUGCGCACUGGGCGCCGUAAGUCCUUGCGCCGCGUUUUUCUCUUUGAGGAGCUGCUGCUCUUCAGCAAGCCUCGCCGAGGACCCACAGGCACAGACACAUUUGCCUAUAAGCGUUCCUUCAAGAUGGCAGACCUGGGCCUCACGGAGUGCUGUGGGGAGAGCAAUCUACGGUUUGAGAUCUGGUUCCGCCGUCGCAAGGCCAGGGACACCUUUGUGCUGCAGGCUGCCAGCUUGGCCACCAAGCAGGCUUGGACGGCUGACAUUUCUCGUCUGCUCUGGAGGCAGGCCAUCCACAACAAGGAAGUACGCAUGGCUGAGAUGGUGUCCAUGGGUGUGGGGAGCAAGGCCUUCCGGGACAUCGCCCCCAGCAAGGAAGCUAUCAGUGACCGCACCGUCAACUACGUCCUGAAGUGCCGAGAAGUUCGCUCUCGGGCCUCUAUUGCUGUGGCCCCAUUUGACUGUGACAGCCCCUAUCUGGGGGCCUUGAGUUCCCUUCCUGGAGACCCUGCCUCUUGCUCUGUACUGGGGUCCCUCAAUCUACACCUGUACAGAGACCCGGCUCUUCUGGGACUCCGGUGGCCCCUGUAUUCUGCCAGCUUCCCAGAGGAAGCAGCACUGGAGGCCGAAGUGGAGCUGGGCAGUCAGCUGUCUUUGACUCCUGAAGACUCAGAGGUCUCAUCCCAGUGCCCAUCAGCCAGUGGAUCCAGUGGGUCUGAUAGCAGCUGUGUGUCAGGGCAGGCCCUGGGCAGGGGUCUUGAGGACUUGUCCUGUGUCUGAGCCCGGGCUGGAAGGCAGGCAGUGGAUCCAGGAGCUUUUGCCCAAGAAACAUCACCUCUCUCAAGAUCUGCUGUGACCAGAGUGUGGUUGCCACCUGUGCCACCUCCAGCCCACAUGCACUGCCCUAUUGACUACUCUUUCUGAUGUCUGUGCCCACUGGCAGACUGGCAGGGACCUCUCCUAGGGAGCCUGGCCACAAGCCUGAGUGACUACCCUGAUCCUGAGCUUCUGGCUCCAUGUCCCCUUCUUCUGUUCCUUCUGCAGUUCCCACCCCAGUUAUGAUUAGGCUAGAGCAGAGUGUGGGUGUUUCCCUGCUCUAGGCUGGUGGGGCACCAAGUGGCUCUGGGCAGAGACUGGACUGCCCCCACCCUCAGGAGGAACAUAGGUGGGUUCCCAGCAGUUGCUUCCCAACUCCUAGUCUCAGAGCCAACCUUCUCAAACUUAGGGGCAAGCCCACAGCUGCUGUGCCUUUAACCCUUGACUGCCCUGGCUGCCCACGCCCAGCUCUUCUUUCCUGUGUCAGUUUGGUUAUAAUGACUCCACAUCUUUUGAAUAACUUUCAGUUAGAGUGUUAUCUAAAAUUAUUUCACUGGUUCUUAGGUCUUUGAUGUCUCAGAGAGUCCAGGCCCUUGACUUGUAAAUUACUCUUUAUUUAUAAUAAAUAUAGACUGAUACACCCUCAGAUGGGAACACACAUUCUUAA